UCGGGGCGAGGCCGGCGGGGGCGGGCGCUGCCGGGGCGGGUUCGUCGGUGCCGUCCUCCCCCCGGAAGUCUCCCCCGCUCCCUCCUUUCUCCUCCUCUCCCCGCAACAUGGCCGCGAAAUCGGACGGCGGCGGCGGCCCGGCCGUGCGCUUGGAGAGCCCGGGGGGCGGUGGAGAUGGAGGAGGAGGAGGAGGGGGCGGCGGAGGGGGGACCCGGAGGGCGGCGGAGGGGGUCGCGUCCCCCCCGUCCAGGCGGUACCGGCUGCGGGACGGCUGCUGGGUGCUGGGCGCGUUGCUCGUUUGCUUCGCCGACGGCGCCUCGGACCUGUGGCUGGCGGCCCACUACUACGUGCGGGGGCAGCGCUGGUGGUUCGGGCUGACGCUGCUCUUCGUGCUGCUGCCCUCCCUCGUGGUGCAGCUGCUCAGCUUCAGGUGGUUCGUCUACGACUUCGCCGCCGCCGCCGCCGGCAGCACCAAGGACAGCGCCGGCAGCACCAAGGACAGCGCCCGCGGCCCCCGCGGCUGCUGCCGCCUCUGCGUCUGGCUGCUGCAGGGCUGCAUCCACCUGCUGCAGCUGGGGCAGGUCUGGAGGUACCUCCGCACGCUGUACCUGGGGCUGCAGAGCCGGUGGCAGGCCGAGCACCGCCGGCGCCACUUCUACUGGCGGAUGAUGUUUGAGAGCGCGGACAUCAGCAUGCUGCGCCUGCUGGAGACCUUCCUGAAGAGCGCGCCCCAGCUCGUGCUGCAGCUCAGCAUCAUGGUGCAGCAGAACAGCAUCGAGCCGCUGCAAGGGCUCUCGGCCUCGGCCUCGCUCGUCUCCCUGGCGUGGAUGAUCGCCUCCUACCAGAAGGUGCUGCGGGACUCGCGGGAGGACAAGCUGCCCAUGUCCUACAAGGGGGCCAUCGUGCAGAUCCUGUGGCACCUCUUCACCAUCGCCGCCCGCGCCAUCGCCUUCGCCCUCUUCGCCUCCGUGUUCCAGCUCUACUUCGGCAUCUUCAUCGUCACCCACUGGUGCAUCAUGACCUUCUGGAUCAUCCAGGGCGAGACGGACUUCUGCAUGUCCAAGUGGGAGGAGAUCAUCUACAACAUGGUGGUGGGCAUCAUCUACAUCUUCUGCUGGUUCAACGUCAAGGAGGGACGGAGCCGCUACCGCAUGUGCAUCUACUACAUCAUCACGCUGUCCGAAAACGCCGCCCUCACCGCCCUCUGGUUCCUCUACUACAACCGCGAGACCACGUCCGACUUCGACGCCUUAAUCCUCGUCUGCGUGGUCAGCUCCAGCUUCGCCCUCGGCAUCUUCUUCAUGUUCAUCUACUACUGCCUCUUGCACCCCAACGGCCCCAUGUUCGGCCCCCACGCCGGGGGCUGCAUUUUCCGGCAGCAGCCGCCACCGGCGCCGGGGUCCCCCGCGGACGCCGUCACCAGCCCCCCGCGCUCGCUGCCGCGGACUACAGGGGGGGAGCGGGAAGGGGCUCCGGGGGACCGGGACAGCUGCGUGCCCGUCUUUCAGGUGCGCCCCUGCGCCCCUACACCGCCGGCCGCCCGCGCCCCUCGGACAGAGGGUCCCGUCAUCCGCAUAGACCUGCCCAGGAAGAAGUACCCGGCCUGGGACGCCCACUUCAUCGACCGGCGCCUUCGGAAAACCAUCCUGGCGCUGGAGUACGCCUCCCCCACCACCCCGCGCCUGCAGUACCGCACCGCCGGCGUUUCCCAGGAGCUCCUGGAGUACGAGACCACCGUGUAGGGCGGGCGCGGGGGCCGCCGUGGUGCCCCCCACCACGCUCUCCAGCCGGGCUGUCCCAUCUCUUCGCAGCGUUUUGCCUUUCUUUUCGGUUCACCGGCGCCGAGGGGUGACCGCGCCGAGCGCCCCGCAGGCAGGGGCCGGUGAGGUCCCUUGGUGCUAUCCCCCCCUCCCCACCUUCCCCACGCCGCCCUCCUGUGACCCCGCUCCUCAUCCCACCCGGCUCUGCGCCGGGGGCUUGUCCUUGCCAAAAUACCUCACCUGUGCCUGAGCCCCGCAGCGCCCGGCUCCCGGCCGGGCUGGCCAGGUCGGUGGCGCAGGGUGGGGACCUUGGGGCGCCCCAGGGCUCGGGGGUGGUGGGUGCCCCGCUCCGGUGAGGGGCUUUGGGCACGGCGGGGCAUGGUGCAGGGGAUAUGCAGGGGACACACAGUGGGAUGGGGCCAUGGGGAUGCUGGAGAGGGGCUGUACCAGGGUGCGGGGGGCUCCUGUCACCCCCAGGGAGCAGGUGGUGGUGGGGAGCGAGCAGGGGACAGCUGGGGUCUGGCCACCCCCCGAUGUCCCCUACUUCCCCGAGCCCCCCAGACCCGGGGGUCUCCCUUCAUCUCAGCCCUCGGUUCCCCCCGCUGUGGGCUCUGGCCGUGCCUGCGCCCCAGGAGCCCCCCCCUGCUCCAUGUGGGGUGCAGCCCCCAGCCCUGAGCCAGGCCCCCGAUGCCAGCCGGGUGCUGGGGGGGGGGGGGUGGCUGCACCCCCGCUGUCCCCUCCCACCCUCCUGGGAACCGCUUCAUCGCAUCGUGUUUGUUUUCACCUGGUAGGUGACAUUUGUGUGACAUUUUCUACCUCCGCUGACGCUGGUGGGGCAGGGCCUGGCUGGCACCGGGGGGGUUGGGGGGGGGCAUUGCAGGGUGGUGGCAUCGCUCCCGGGGGGGCUCCCCAAGGCCGGAUUCACCCCCAGUUAUUCUCUCCCACCUUUCCCAGCCGGGAGCAUUUCCAUCCACACCCCCGUCAGCAUCAGCCCCCCCCAGCUCCGAGGUGUGAACCGGAGCCAGGAUCCUGCCCCCCACCCCCCGGUGCCCCCCCCAGCCCCUGCAGAGGAGCGGGGCUGCCCCGGGCUUUAGCUCUGAAUGUGUGCCCUGCUCCUGCGGGGCCGGGCUCCCCGGACCCCUGCCCGAAGGGCUGUGCUGAAUGUACCCCCCCGUGCCCCCCCCCGUGUCCGUGUGUCCGUCCUCUGUGUUUGCAGCUGGGUCCGCAGGGCAGAGCUCCCGGCCUCCCCGGGCCGUGCACCGCUCGCAGCAGUGCAGAGCCCCCCGGCACGCACCCACAGCCCCCCCCCCUGUGCCUUCCUCCAGCCCCGGUGCCCCCCCCCAGGUCCCCGAGCUGUGCCCCGAGCUGGCAGCCCUGCCCCAGCCCCGCUGUGCCCCUGUGGCACCCGGGGGUCCCCAAGGCGCUGUGGGGUCCCCAAGGCGCAGUGGGGUCCCCAAGGCGCAGGGGGGUCCCCAAGGCGCUGUGGGGUCCCCAAGGCGCAGGGGGGUGCGCGGUGCCACCGGUGCCCCCCUUGCUUUUUUGUUUCCCAUUUCUCCGUAGCUCGGAGGCCCCCGGAUGACUGCGGGCUGGGCUGGGCCGGGCUGGGGGUCACUGGUGCUAACUGGUGCUAACUGCAAGCCUCGGAAAUCCUUUCGGAGGAGGUCACGGAGCAGCGCUGGGGCUGGGCAGCGGGCUGCCCCCCCCCCCGGGACCCGCACUCCUCCUCUCCCACCAGUAACGGGCAAAAAAAUCCCCCCCAUCCAGCCGAGCUCCGGUGCCCCCCGUCCAUCCAGGCUCUCAGCGGAGGAGGCUUCUGUUAUCCUCAGGGAAGCGCUAAGGAAAGAUGGGACCCGGGGGGGGGGUUUUUUUGGGGUGCGGGGGCACCCAGGAGCCCCACGGCCCUGGGAGCCCUCGAGCGGUGCCGUGCCGGUUCCUGCACCCCCUGCCCACACCCCCAGGGUUUGGAGCCACGCAGCCUGGGGUGAUCUGCACCCCCCCACCCCAUGUGCUCAUUCCCCGGGGGGGGCGCGGGUCGGAGGGACAUUUUUCUAUGCACUCAAGCCACGGGCCCCUCAGCCCCGGGCUGCUCCCGUUUGGGGUCAGGGCACGUGGGGCUGGGCCCCCUCCCCACAAACAGCUCCCCCCACCCCAUGCUUGCAGCCCCCAUGCCCCAAGCCAACGGGGCUGAACAGACAACACUGGGGGGGGGCUGCUGGUGGUGGUGGUGCCAUCAGCACCCCCUGGCAAGGGGGCACCAAGGGGGCUUGAGCCGGGGGGUGCUGUGGGGUGGGGGCUGCUCCGGCUCCCUUUUGGGGAAGGGGGGUCCUGGUCCCGGGGGGGGGUGGGCGGCAUGGGGCAGGCAGCGGGGCCGCCCCGGGUUCAGGGAAUGGGGAGGGGGACGUGGUUCGGACCGGGGCUGAGCUCUGCUGCUCUAGGCCAGGGCUGUUUGCUCCCCGGAGGGGGGGGCUGCUGGGGGCCACGUCCCCACGGUGCUCGGGACCGGGAGCCCGGCUGUCACGUACUGUAAAUACUCCGUGUGCCACCUUCCUCUCCGGGACCCUCAGCGCGGGCAGGGCGGCGGGGGGUUGAGGGGGGGGGGGGAGGCGAGCAGGAGACCGGGGUCUGCCCGAGACUUUUUUGUAUACCACAAACUUUUUGUAUAUUUUUAAUUUUGCUGCAACAUGAGAUAUUAAAUUCAUUUCAAUAA